AUGGCAUUUGAAAAGAGACACAAUACUGACUUGCAGUUUUUGCUGAUCAAGAUAUGUUUCUCCUGCAUACUCGUUUCAGUCAUAUUUCUCGCAACACCAUUUACAGUUUGGGCAUUUUACGUACUGUAUGCCAUCUUCAAGAUACAAUGGAGUGUUGAGGAAUGGCAGCGCAGCGUCACGACAGACAUUUUCAUAGUGUACGUCGGAAUGCUGACUGCUAUCAUCAUCCGCGAGACGAAUAAAGCAGAUAUUUCCGUUCGUUCAGGGCUUCGUGUGUGCCUUGCCCUUGGAGGCCUGUUCUCAAUCUUGCAUUAUCUGAUCAUCGCUUCAGGCCUCAACGAAAGCUCAUACAUGAAGUGGCACCCUUACGUCUCUGCCAUUCCGAUCUUGGCUUUCAUUGCUGUGCGCGAUAUCCCAUGGGCUGCGAGAAAUUACUACUCAAGAGGUAUGGCCUGGCUGGGCCGCUGCUCUCUAGAAACGUAUACCCUUCAAUUCCACAUACUCCUCGCAGCCGACACGAAAGGAAUUCUUAUCGUGGAUGGUCUUUUUGGCGAUAGUACACUCUUAGGAGACAGAUGGAGAACCUUGAUCAUAAUUGUGCCCAUUUUCCUAUGGAUCAGCCACGAGGUAUCCGAGUCCACGGCCUACAUCGUCAAGCUGAUGAUGUAUGAGAGCACAGAGAACGAGAAAAGUGUCGGGUCGAGACUUCUGCCCAAUUGGAUAGAGACAAUUCCAGGCUACUCUGACAUUACAGGGCCCAAGAUUCGAAUUGUGUGCCUUCUUCUUCUCAUGUGGUGUCUCAAUUUGAUGACGCCUGGACAUGGAGUGCCAGUUGCAAUGGAUGGAAGACAUAGCUUUACAGUACAGCCGGGUAAUUUUACCAGAGAGACCCCGUCGUUGGUUCAAUUAAACGAUACUACUUGGUAG